AUGUUCCGUCAUCUUGGAAGAACCUGUGGUCAGAUCACAGUGACUCCGCUCUUACGAAGUCGUCUCUUCUCCACCGUUUCAAUUCUCGCCAAAGAGAAUCCCUCACUGGCACCUAUUACUGAUGCAUUCAAGAAAGCAGAUGUGGUCGCUGCAGUCGAGAAAGGUGAAGUGUCGUUAGAAGACUUACAGUCGCUUAGUCUCAUCGAGCCAAAAUUAAAGAAUGCCAUUGCCAAGCUCGAUUUCAAGCUGCUCACGCCUGUCCAAUCCAGAUCCAUUCUUCCUAUCUUGAUGGAAGAUGGUGUGGUCUGCAGAGCUAAAACAGGAACUGGAAAGACCAUGGCUUUCGCUUUCCCUAUUCUCCAAACAUGUCUUGAGUACUCUGCUGUCAGACGUGACACUCGUGAGUCUCACGUUCAGGCAUUAGUGGUUGCACCUACCAGAGACUUGGCUCUCCAGAUCGCUGAUGAGUUUGCUAAGGUUACAGACAAAAACAAGCUGCUUGCGAAGAAAGCAACAGUGCAUCUUGCUGUUGGAGGCAAGCGUGAGCCAUUCAUGAAAUUUGCUCCAUCUGUUGUGGUGGCUACCCCAGGUAGAUUAGAAGCCAAUCUUAGAAACCCGAAAUUUGCCGCCAUGAUGUCACAAUUGAAGUACAAGGUGUACGAUGAAGCAGAUCGUUUGUUGGAUCAAGGGUUUGAGGAGACGUUGCACUCGAUUGACGAAAUGCUUGAGGAUGCCCGUAACCGUUACUCCCCCGACUCUAGUAUGAAGACCAAGAACGUCUUGUUCAGUGCCACCAUCGACGAGAGAAUGGAAGAUUUUGCCAGUGAAACCAUCGGCGAGAACUACACUUACAUUAAUUGUGUGAAUGCUGACGAGCCUGAAGCCCACGAGAACAUUCACCAAACUAUUGUUAAAACGAAGGAUGUUUUCGAGUCUCAUGUUGCUGCCAUCAGCGAUAUUUUCAGAAAGAGAGAGGAGGACCCUUCUUAUAAGGCCAUUUUGUUUGUUCCUACCGUCAGCGGAAGCAACUUCCUCUAUGACGUUGUGGACGAGUUGAACAGAACCUUCCCCAAGUUUAAGAGAAGAUGGCUUUACAAGUUAAAUGGAGGAAUGUCUCAGGGCAGCAGAGAUAGAACCACCGAGAACUUUAGAAAGUGUCUGACUGGUUUAUUGAUCUGUACGGAUGUGGCUGCCAGAGGCUUGGACUUCAAGAAUGUGUCUGAUGUGAUUCAGAUCACUCCAAGUAACCAAAUUGCUGAUUACGUCCACAAGGUGGGUAGAACUGCUAGAGCUGGUACCUCUGGUAAUGCUACCUUGUACUUGACCGAUGCCGAGGGCAGAUACAAGAAGGCGUUGGAGAAUAACAGAGGUAUUGUGUUUUCCAAGCAGAUCAGAUACGAAACUUUCAAUGAGGAUAGCAAAAUGUUUGAAGAGCUCGAAUUGCCUCUUGAGGAUGCCGAAGAUUACGCCAAGUCCUUGCUCGGCUUCUAUCAAUCUGUUCUGGGAACCUACCGCCUCAACUUGGAGAUAAUUGUGAGAGACUUGGUUAACAUGCACAGAUCGUUCAUCAGCGACUCAACGGCCACGCUUUUCAUUUCUGGUCAUUUGUUCAACACCAUGAAGGUUCUCUCGUCUCUUGUCCCGGAAUACAUCAAGACCAACGUUAAUGUUCAAGCCAACAGAAACUUCAAGGGUAACCAGAGCAGAUUUGGUCGCAGUGGGGGCAGAACUCUCGUAAUUUCACCAGACGCGAUCUGA